UUUAAUUNUUUGGGUUUUAAGCAGCCGAUUGUAACAGUAGCGAUGAAAUUUGGAGAAACGUUUACGGAGUAUCUGCAGACGAAUCAAGAGAGGUUUAUGGCGAAAUGCUGCUACGUGGAGUACAAGCGCCUCAAGAAGGUGCUGAAAAGUUGCAGGCGGUGCAGGGAUUUGAAUGCUUCCUCUGGUGCGGACGGCAAUGGCGAUCUGGAAAACGCAGUGACGCAGUACGGCUAUUUUAAUUCCUGUCCCCUGUGUGACCAGAUGUUCUUCACUGAAUUGAUGAAGGAGGCUUCUGGUGUGGUUGGUUGCUUUAGGCAAAGAGUCGGGCGACUUCUCCAAUUUCAUAUCCAUAAUGGCAUGCAAAGAUACUUCACGUAUUUGUGCCAGUGUUUUGCCAGUCCCCAGCAAGCUACAGCACAAGAGUGUCGAAUGUUAAUAGAAUAUGUUAUGAUGAAUGCUGUGGCCAUGCGAAAAAUACUUAAGAAAUACGAUAAGGUGCAUGGCUCGGCAAAUGGGAGAAAAUUCAAGUCUAAGAUGGUAGCUGAGCAUAUGGAGAUUUUACAGUCCCCAUGGCUUAUCGAGCUGGGGGCUUUCUACAUGAAUAUCAAUCAAUCAAAUGAUGGACACUCUCAAGAAAAUCGUAACCCUUUCUCUUUCCACUUAAAUUCGUCAGAUCCCAUAAUGACGUUGAUGCUUCCGGAUUCUGUAAAAUUGGAAUACAACCUGACUUGCGCUAUUUGCUUGGAGCUAGUUUUCAAUCCAUAUGCCUUGAAAUGUGGGCAUCUUUUCUGCAAAUCGUGCGUUUGCUCGGCAGCUUCUGUUAUGAUUUUCCAAGGGCUGAAAGAUGCGGAUCCAGAAUCGAGAUGUCCUGUCUGUAGGGAGGCAGGUGUAUACCGUAACGCGGUACACAUGAUGGAAUUGGAUUUGCUUAUGAAGAAAGAUUGCAAGGAAUACUGGAAGGAGAGAAUGGUGGCCGAACGUGCUGAGAUGGUGAAGCAAUCGAAAAUCUAUUGGGACCUCCAAACUAAAUACAUGAUCGGUUACUGAUUUUGUAAGCUCUCGAAUGUUUCAAAAUCUGAUUUCCUGCUAGCGGCCAAUAACGCUUCAGACUAUCUCGAAAGGAAAUAUUUAAGAUGGUUAUAGUGAACUUGCCAAAGUCGCUUUGGUUCUUUGUUCUGUUCUGUUUGAUGGAUGGUCAUGAGAAAGACAAGUCCAAAGUCAUUUUGCAGAAGAGGGCUAGUUUUUAGUUCUUUUUGUAUUGGAAUUUUUUUUAGUAUUCUUUGUUCUUUAGUAAUUUGCUGAUUUUGUCCUUGUAAUUUUUUGGUGGUGAAACUAGAAAUUUGUGAGGGUGAUUGAAUUUGAAGGCCAUUGUUUAUUUAGAAUUUGGAGCUUUUGCAAUAUGUCAGUAUUUUUUGGUA